AUGCCACUGCAAACCUCCCGCAAUGCACCGAAACUAGAAUCGAAUGCCACUACAGACCUACGGCGGUAUUUCGAUGAUUUCGAACAGUGUGCAGAAUCUAACAAACUACCGGCUGCCCAAUGCUCCGAAUACGCCGCGCGGUAUACUCCUGCUGCUACAGAAGUGGUUUGGAAGAAGCUGCCAUCGUUCAAGGGAGGCAAUUAUGACACCUGGAAGGCCGACGUGUACAAGCUGUACCCAGGCGCAUCACAAGAAGACGAAAUCUUUACCUACGCGGAUCUCGAAGAAUUAACGCGAAAAUCCGCCACGGUACCGAUGAGUACUCGAGCCCAAUUGGGAGAGUACAUUCGUGCAUUCCACCAUAUUACCAGGUCCUUUGGGGAAGGAGAGCAGUUAUCAGAGAGAGAGAAGAACCGCGCAUUCAUGCAAGGAUUGCAUACCGAAUUCGCAAGUCAAGUACUCGCUAAACUCGCUAUUGAGUUCCCGAAGCAUCACCCGAAAAUUCCAUACCCGAUGUCUGACGUACAAAAUACUGCGUCUUGGCUGCUUCACACUACC